CGCUCUCGAGUCCUGUCACGCUCUGCACUAUCACGAGCAUUCCAAGCAAUACCUCGGCCUCGACUCCGCCCUCGACAACUCUUCGCAAACGUCCAUCUGCUCCUGUGGUCAUGAAUCAUCUCCCGGACUAAAUGGCUCCAAAGUGGUUUUCGCAAAGCGAUGACAGUUCCAAUCAACAACCAGACGCCACGGCUUUCAACGUGACCGAACCGACUCCCAAGAAAGCCUCUCGUCUCUCAGCAACAUUCAGCACCGAUUCAAGACCGUGGAACUUUAUGAGCUCUUCAUCCGACCGCAGUUCAUCAUCUUCUAGGAAGCGACUGUCACUCUUCGGUGCCCGCAACUCCAUUGCCUCAUCAGCGGACAUCUUCUUGUCAGGUCAUUCUUCACCUCGAGAUUCCGCUUUUGUACAAUCUGGUCGGCCUGAGUUCUCCCCUCGUCCCGAGUCUCGCUUCAGUAUCGAUUCCAAAUCGACGGCAGUUGCUGUACCGCCCACAGACAGCUGGCGGUCGUCUAUCUUCUCUCGAAAACGCUCAGCCAAGUCGGAAAACAGCUCGGAAACAAAGGAUGAACCUUUGAUGCGAUGGCUGCGAAGCGACAGUCGCUCGACAAGCUGGCGACGCGAGUCUACCGACCAUGACAGGGAGCAUGAGUCAGAACAAGCCUUCUACCAUACAUUGAGGAAGAAGAAUAUCUCAGCACCCUUCAAUUUUCAGCAUGUCACGCACACGCAGCAAGAACAGCUGCCGCAACUAGCAUCCGUGACCGACAGCGAACUUGUCUCCGAGUUUUGGGCCGCAUCGGCCUUCCAAGCGCCUAGGAGCGAGCUUCGCGGAAUCAAAGCAGAUCCUGUUGAUAGCAGCUACCGUGUUCGUACGAGCGAAAGAAGACCUUCUCUCACGUCGUCCGUUCGUUCCGAGUCCCAUGCUCUCAAACAUCGCGGCCUGAGUUACACUUCGUCCGUGCAUGAGCUCGACAGCACUCCUCGCAUAUCUCAAGAUGCCGAGUCUCCCAUCGAGGAGAGGGCUCGUUCCUUGUCGCUCACUUCGAGAUCACAUAGUUUCUCUCGCCUGGAUCUACCGUCUAGAGAGAGACUGGCUGCUCUGGGCGCCGAGCAGCAAAGGGAGCCUCCAAUUAUGGUUCAUCCGGCUCUUCGCGGACAGAUGGCUCCUCCUACUGUUGAGCGCACCUCUAGUCAACCCCAAAUCUUCGAACUCCCUGGGACGAGUCUUGAAUCGGUUCCCGAGGAGAUGGAAGGUUGUGGACCCAGUCCAGCAAAACUCCCAAGAGCAAAGGCUAUGCUGGAUCUGUCACCUCUCGCAUCUCCCAAGUUGUCCCCACGAUCGUCGCCUUCUCUGAACUCCACUGCUCGUCAGAAGAACGGCUUAGUAUUCACCCCAUUUCCCAUCGGCAAUGCAUUUGCCCAAGCACACGGGGGCUCAGGCGUAGAUGUUCCAAGAACCUCUUCUGAGAGUCGGCUUUCUUUUAGUGUUGAUGGAAACGUGCCCAGCUUGACUUCAGGUGAAUCAUGGGAAAACGAUAUCGACUUUUGCUACCUGGUAGAGGCCGAAUCCUCUUGCGACUUUGACUGGGAGUCUGUAAAAUCAAGUAGACAAGGUUCUGCCUCAUCGGUGCGUAGAGACUCGACUACUAGCGUCUCCGUACAACGCGCCUCGUAUAGCGACCCAUCGCGUCGGACCAGCAUCAAGUCUCAGCCUGAUGUUGAGGCGCUCUUUGCCGAUUUCGAUGGAAACUCAACCUUUGUUAAGGAACAAAAUCGACAAGACUCUCCUAUGAUGUCCGUUUCACGUGCCGACCUCAGUCCCAUCUUGGAAUCACCUGCGAAACUACCGACUACCAACAGCAGCUCGGAGGCCGUCAGCCCUACCAAGCCUACCCAUACACGAUCCAUCUCGCUCGACGACAAUAUCAAACAUGGCCACUCCUUGGACAGAAGUGCACGCUGGUCGAUUGCAUCUCCCCUGUGUUUGCCAGAGGACGCGAAGCAGCGCGGUAUUACCUUCACUCACCCGGUGUACAAGUCGCGACCAGUCCGCAUGUCGGUACCUGCAUCUUUCGCUGCACCACCGCUGCCACCUCCGAGAACAGCACUUCCACCUUUACCUGCACAGCAACCAGCCAAACCUGCUUCUCCGCCUCUUUCGCCUACUUCGACGUGGCCUAGUUCGUUCCCAACGAUGCGCAGACCCUCUUCUGCACAGGAUCGAGCAAUCCUUCAAGCUGCCGGACGCUUUGUCAGAAACGGGCGUGCGUCCAGCAGACCUACAACACCCAGCCGUCUUUCUCACGUUCAACACGCCUUCCGCGCCUCACCCGCCAUGAGCUCUUCCAACAUGCCGUCGAAGACAACGGUCACCGAUUGCAACUACGGCGGAAUCCUACCCACUCCGCCCAUGUCUCCGCCCGAGCAACAACAGGGAUUUCACAAUUACCCAGCUUGGAUCUGAGGACGCUACAGACUUAUUCGCUCCUUCACCUUUCGUCUUGUUCUUUUCUUUUUCAUUUUAUAACGUUUAUGAUCAACGGCCUUCCUACGAACAAUAUAUCAAAAGUCAUAUGGAUAUGAUUUUGCUGGGUUUUAAGCGGAUACCCAACCCAGAGUGGGGAGCAGCAUGGGGGUGUUUGAUAUUUUCCAUGGAAAGUGAUGGGGAGAAGCAUAUGCAUACAGGAG